UAUUGAUCAAACAAUAAUGGGAUCACAAACAAGAGUGUGUCCAUUUCCUGUAAUUGAUUUGAGCGAUGAAAAGAUGAAGGCAGGCACGGAGGCAUGGGUGUCGGCGUGCCGUGUGGCGAGGACGGGGAUGGAGGAGCACGGUUGUUUUGUGGUGCGGUUCGAUAAGGUUGGGGAGUCGCUAUGCAAGUGUCUUGUGUCAGCAAUGGAGGAACUAUUUGGUCUGCCAGUGGAAACAAAAGCACAGAAGACGAGUGACAAGCUUUUUCAUGGUUACUUGGGACAAGUCUCCUGGAUUCCCUUGUAUGAAUCUUUGGGCAUUGAUGACCCUUUCUCUAUGCCUGCUUGCCAACACUUUGCAAACAUAAUGUGGCCUCAAGGCAAUAACCGUUUCUGUGAAAGGAUUAAUGAGUAUGCAAAGCUAAUGGGGGAAAUAGACCAUAUAGCAAAGAGGAUGGUGUUUGAGAGCUACGGAGUGGACAUGGAAAGAUGCAAAUUGAUGAUAGAAUCAAGCGACUAUCUGCUUCGAUGCCAAGAAUAUAGGCCACCCAAGAACGAUGAGGAUGAAACAGGAUUGCAGCCUCACACAGACUUAACCAUCACAUCAAUAGUUCACCAACUCAACAAUCUCAAUGGCUUAGAAAUCAAAGCCAGCGAUGGAGUCUGGAGAGGUGUUGAUGCUUCUCCUUCUUCCUUUGUUGUCAUGGCUGGUGAUGCAUUCAAGGUUUGGAGCAAUGGUAGGAUAAGGCCAUGCGAACACAGAGUUACAGUGAGUAGUGAUGUCAAGAAUCUAAGAUACUCUACGGGACUCUUUUCUUUCUGCUCCAACACAUUCGAGAUUCCUCAGGAGUUGGUCAAUCAACAACAUCCCUUGCGUUACAAAACAACCUUCCACCAUUAUGAUUAUCUUCGCUUCUUUGAUGAAAGCAAGAUCAAAGAUCUUGAUACUCGGAUUCAAGCCUAUUGUGGAAUCUCAUCCAAUCAUGAAUGAUUCUUCUACACUUGCUCUGUUUCUUCUCUGUCUAUUACGUUAGACUUAUUUGCUACUACCUUAAUUAUGUGAUGGUGGAAAUUUAGUCGACUUCACGUGAGAGCAGUUAGAUGAUUUGAUUGAUUUGGCUAAAUUUUCAUUUAACAACUCUCAGCUAUCAACUUCACGUAAAGUCGAUUGCACUUGAGUUUCUACCUUACGUGAUUAGUCGAACCCGAAAUGAUAGUCGAAAACUGUUAUAUCUUAAAUCAUCUUUAUAUAAAAAUAAAAAAUACAUGUAUGUGAUGAGUAACCACCUUAAUUA